CGGGGCGAGAAACAGUCGACAUAUUUGUGCUGUGUACUAUAACAAGAGUCCAGGCUUUGAAGUGAUCCAUGGCCUGCUGGACCGUAUCAUGCAACUGUUGACAGUGAAACCUGCCCAGGAAGAGGGAUACCACAUCCAAGCGGCUGACGCGGGCACACAGCUGAAAUCCACCUCACGCAUGAGGUUCCCAUGCAGGAAGUCAUGAAACACAAGUUCCCCACUCAAGUUAUAUCGCCACAAGCUCCAACAUCCUCUAAAACUGUAUUUGGAGACUUGAGCACACCGGAGGCUCUCAAAGCCCUAAAUACUUUCCUGGCAGAUAAAAGCUACAUUGAAGGCUUUGUAGCAUCUCAGGCUGAUCUGACCAUCUUUGAUGUUAUAACUUCUCCUCCCUCAUCAACGUUGUGCCAUCUCCUGCGCUGGUAUAACCAUAUUAAAUCCUUCCAUGAGAAAAGAGCGGACCUUCCACUCGUCAACAAGCAGUUUUUGCUGCCAGAUACCCCUCCCACUUCAACCAACACGGACAGCUACGUUGACCUCUUUGGCUCAGAAGACGAGGGUGAUUGCGCAGAGGCAGUGAAAAUCAAAGAGCGUCAACUUGCCGAGUACGCAGCCAAGAAGGCCAAGAAGCCGGCCGUCAUUGCUAAAUCCUCGAUCCUUCUUGACGUCAAACCAUGGGAUGAUGAGACUGACAUGGCCAAGAUGGAGGAGUGUGUACGCGGCGUCUGCAUGGACGGACUGUUGUGGGGGCAUUCCAAACUGGUCCCAGUGGGUUACGGAAUCAAGAAGCUCCAAAUAGGUUGUGUGGUGGAGGAUGAUAAAGUGGGCACAGGUCUGUUGGAAGAAGCCAUUACCACCUUUGAGGAAUAUGUUCAGUCCGUGGAUGUGGCUGCUUUUAACAAGAUAUGAAUGAUAAAGAUGCUUGACUACCUGUUGUCUUGACACAGAUUAAACAAAGAUCUACCAUGUAGAAGAACUAGUUUCUCAGGGUGGGUUCAUGCUCAACUCUUCAGUUAAAAUGGACACUUUAUUGGGACUUGUUUUGGCAAAUGCAAACACUCAUGACUCAAACCCGCGUCCGAGCAAUGUCAGGCAACUGGUGUCAAGAGUACACGCUAUCAUUCUUGAAUUUGUUUUGUAUCUCAUCAUGACAUUUCAGCAGGUAAUCAUAACUAGUCGAACCAGGACCAACUGUGUGACUCGACUCACACACGACUCAGGUCCAUACUAGACGAAAAGUGUCAAGGCACAUUUACUUUUCAUUGUUCUGAGUACUAGAUUCCUUUCUACAAGCAAGCUAAUAAACUCUCAAUAUUGAAUGAUUUGGAUGUUUUUCCCACUCCCCUUAAAAGAUGGCACAGGUCCAACAGGUGCACCAGUAUUGUACUAUAGUACUUAGUAGUACUUCAAUGUUGACAGGACAACAGAAGACUGUUUAAACCUUAAGGAUAACAUGGUAAAAAAUACCCCUCCUGAGACAACAUUACAGUUGAACAGUUGAUCUGGUUCUGUUACAAGGGAACUUAGGUGGGUCCUGUAAUUGGAAGCCCUGGCAUUUUCUAUUCCAAUGACUGCAGUGGAAACCUCCCAAAUUUUCUGGUAACAGGGACAUAAUCAACUCCCAUUUCCUACCAAAAGAUCAGCAGUGUUCAAUCAUGAUCUAAGUUGGUGCAAAUUGUCGUGAAGAGGAAUGCUUUUCAAAAAACAUUAUCUGGCUUUGCCAAAAAGGCAAAGACCAGAUAAUAAGAACAUUGGUGAGUAUAUUGCAGACGUUUGAGAAAAGGCUUUUAAUGAAAAUGAAAAAUAUUGAUUCACUAUACACCAUUGGUCAAAAGUUUUGACUUUCUCAUUCAAGUGUAAAGUGAAAAACCUGUGACCACAGGUGUACACUAUAGUACCUUGCAAAAGUAUUGACGCCACUUGGCCUUCUGAGGGCAAAUUUUUUUUGUGGUGUGAUCUUGGUGAGGCAAACAAAUAGAAAAAAAAACUGUCAAAAUGCGUAACUAGUAACUACACAUGAUAGAUCCUGGUCAUGAUCCUUUUUGUAGCAAUCACAAGUUUUUAAUUUUAGUGUACUCUGCCUUUUUGCUAACUGUAAACAUGCUUUGUUUUUAUCUGGAAGUAACGACUUACUUCUGGCCACUCUUCCAUGAAGCUUUGCUCUGGAAUAUUCCGAUGGACAGAGCACACAAACCUUUGCAGUUUCUCCAGGGUUCCCUUUGGUCUCUAUGCUGCCUCUGUGAAAUGCCCUCUGUGUAUGGUCUGGUUUUUUAAACAUCAAUUUUCAAUUCAUUUUAAAAUUAAUUUAAUCCCUGCAAGCAAAAUUAAAAUAAAAAUAAUUUAAAUUUGAGGCUGUAAAUGUACCAAAAAAUAGGGUGUACACCCUGUACAUUUGUCAUUGCAUAGUCUAAUUUUAAAAAUGUUGGCUCAGUUUUUUUUUGUUCUAUCAAUCAUAGUCCCAGUACAAUGAAGACCCUAUUGACUAGUAUAGAAUUAACAAGUCCAACAGCUGUAUAUGUGGCAAAUUUACUUGGCACUUCAAUUUCUUUCCUCAUUUUGGCACUCUGGUUGUAUUUUGGAACUCUGUACCACCAAUACAACAAAAGCAGGCUGGCUGCUUUCAUAACCUGCCGGGUGCCAACUAAAGCUACCACGCCAAUGAGGAAGCGGGCAGUGCCACAAGCCAGUGUAUAUGAUGUCAGCGUGGGUAAGGGCACAGGCAGCACUCCUUGGGGCUCAAAUGUCUCUCCUAACUGUUUGUUAACCCAAUAUCCAACAGAACAGCCCGCCCCGACUCCAAGGAUGGUGGUGGUGUCUCCUCGUGUGGUGCUGUAAUGGUCCAGGUCUGGGUAGGUAUAGCUUAGAAACAGGGGCAGCAUCAAUGCAAGGAUUGGUGACACGGUGCUGGUGAGUUGAAACUGGUCAAAUGUUUCCCAGUAGGGGUGAGUGAGAAACAUUAGGAGUGCCGAGAUCAAAACGCCACAGAUGACAUCCUGAAAGAGUAAUGGAGUAAUUGUCAAAUAAUACUAUUGGGUGAACCCAUUUGUAUCAUUUACUUGUACUUUGAUAUUAUUGUUUUUGACUGGUAUGUAAUCUUCAACCUCAGUGGUUGAUUUCCCCCUCCUUUCAAUCGUUUUUGACUGGUAUUAAUCUUCAACCUCAGUGGUUGCCCCACCCCCCACCUUUCAGCAAAUUCACUGGAUCCCAAUAUUCACUGUUUGACAUUUUCAAGACCGUGUCACAGAUUUUGAAGACCUCUGCUAUUUGCGGAAAAACACAAUUUUUUGUAAUGUGUGGGGAAAAAAAUAAUCAUGCAUUGGAUGUAUAGUGCACUUUUCAUUAUUUAUUCAUUACAUAUCAGGGUUUUCUAUUAUAGCCACAGCUGCUCUGGGGCAGACCGACAGAAGCAAGGCAGCCAGUUUGCGCCAUUGGCCAAGCAGACCACCAGGAACGUGUCUUGCUGAAAGACAACGGUGGUGAUUUGAACCCUCUACCCCAGUGGUCCCCAACCACCGGGCCGGGGACUGGUACCGGUCCAUGGCACAUUUGCUACCGGGCCGCAGAGAAAUAAUUUGUUAAUGACUGCAAUCUGGCCUGUGCCUCUUGACACAUCAAUAUGGCUGUCUACUCCAUUGACUAAUCCUAGUUAAGAUUUGUGUACGUCGCCCUCUUGUGGUUAGCCACCAUUACUGGGGUGUUUGCCCCCCUAUAUACCCUACUCACCUACGUCACAAAAUGACGUGUCGCUGUAUCCGGCCGCCAUAUUGUCCGUAUUUUUUAGAUCUAUUCUCAUUGUUUUCAAUUAGUCGUGUAAGUUAUAGAGCAAUUCAUGGAAGCCCCGGUGUUAUCUGACGCUGUAAACUCAUUGGAUGCGUUGCAUAAAAGGCGUUAUGUGGAAAAGCUUCAGUUUAUCCAUUCGCCAGAUCCAUAUUUGAUGCCUAAAUUGAUAUUUUUCGACCCGCUGUCUUCGCCGUCUUUGCCUGACAUCUGCUACCCUGAUAUUUACAACUAUCUUGUCCACACAAAAUCAGCCUAUUCUCACGAAAGUUUGAAAAAUUUUAAGAGCUUGGAGGCUUAUAAAUACUUCGUUGCUGGUUGGGUGAAACAGGCCCUCGUCCACGAAAAUUCGGCAGGAAUCU